CCGCCGUCGCCGUCGCCGCUGCUGCUGGCACAACAGUCUCCUCCUCUUCCUCCGCCGCCCACGCCUUGUCCUCCCGCUCGGGCUGCCCCGGGGCCAGACGUGUCCUCAUGCCCCUGUCCCGCCGGGGGCCGCCUCAGCCGCUGCCCGAGUGUGUAGACUGCUGAGAAGAUUUGCAAGCCAGUCACACAAGCAUAUUCCAGAAAAGUGGUACUCAUGGAAGAGGAACAGGAUUUACCAGAGCAGCCAGUGAAGAAAGCCAAGAUGCAAGAUUCAGGAGAGCAGACUUUGAGUCAAGUCAGCAACCCUGAAGGCAGUGAUCAGAAACCUGAAACUUCAAGCCUUGCUUCAAACCUUACCAUGUCAGAUGAAAUUAUGACAUGUGCUGAUUACAUCCCUCGAUCAUCAAAUGAUUAUACCUCACAGAUGUAUUCUGCAAAACCUUAUGCACAUAUCCUCUCGGUCCCUGUAUCAGAGACUGCUUAUUCUGGCCAGACUCAGUACCAGACACUUCAGCAGUCCCAACCCUAUGCUGUCUACCCUCAGGCAACCCAAACUUAUGGACUACCUCCUUUUGGUGCAUUGUGGCCAGGUAUGAAACCUGAAAGUGGUUUAAUUCAGACUCCAGCUCCAAGUCAACACAGUGUUCUUACCUGCACUACAGGGCUAACUACAGGCCAGCCAAGCCCAGCACAUUACUCUUAUCCCAUUCAAGCUUCAAGUACCAAUGCCAGCCUGAUCUCCUCUUCAUCCACAAUUGCCAAUAUUCCAGCAUCAGCAGUUGCCAGCAUCUCAAACCAGGACUAUCCUACAUAUACCAUCCUUGGCCAGAGUCAGUACCAGGCAUGCUACCCCAGCUCCAGCUUUGGGGUCACAGGCCAGAGCAACAGUGACACUGAGAACCCCACAUUAACAGCAGCCACUUACCAGACUGAGAAGCCCAGUGUCAUGGUGCCUGCCCCAGCAGUACAGAGACUUUCCUCUGGAGACCCUUCUUCCAGCCCAUCUCUGUCCCGGGGUACGCCGAGUAAGGACCCUGAAGAGCAAUCUAGGAAAAAUACGCCUGCCAAGAACCGGGGCAAGAGGAGAGCUGAUGCUGCACCUGCCCCGGACAGUGAGCUGGAACGGGUGUUUCUCUGGGACUUGGAUGAAACCAUCAUCAUCUUCCAUUCUCUUCUCACAGGAUCCUAUGCUCAGAAGUAUGGAAAGGACCCAACAGUUGUGAUUGGCUCAGGUUUAACUAUGGAAGAGAUGAUUUUUGAGGUGGCUGACACACAUCUCUUCUUCAAUGACUUGGAGGAAUGUGACCAAGUGCAUGUGGAAGAUGUGGCUUCAGAUGACAAUGGACAGGACUUAAGCAACUACAGUUUCUCAACGGAUGGUUUCAGUGGCUCAGGAGGUAGUGCGAGUCAUGGCUCUGCUGUGGGUGUGCAGGGGGGCGUAGACUGGAUGAGGAAGCUGGCUUUCCGCUAUCGCAAAGUGAGAGAAAUCUACGACAAGCACAAAAGCAACGUGGGUGGCCUUCUCAGUCCCCAGAGAAAGGAAGCACUUCAGAGACUAAGAGCAGAAAUUGAAGUCUUAACUGAUUCCUGGCUGGGAACGGCACUAAAGUCUUUACUUCUCAUCCAGUCCAGAAAGAAUUGUGUGAAUGUCUUGAUCACCACCACACAGCUGGUGCCUGCUCUGGCCAAGGUCCUCCUGUAUGGCCUGGGAGAAGUGUUCCCCAUCGAGAACAUCUACAGUGCUACCAAGAUAGGUAAGGAGAGCUGCUUCGAGAGAAUUGUGUCACGAUUUGGCAAGAAAGUGACAUAUGUAGUGAUCGGAGAUGGACGGGAUGAGGAAAUCGCAGCCAAACAGCACAACAUGCCUUUCUGGAGGAUCACAAACCACGGAGACCUUGUGUCACUCCACCAAGCCCUGGAACUGGAUUUCCUGUAAGGAGGGGAGCUGAGGUGCCAGCCCCAUGAGCCCUUCUCCCUCCCCACGAGGGCACUCUUCUCUCCUCGGGAUGAGGCGCGAGGCCAGCCGGAGCCAGAGCAGGAAGGGACAGUUUGUUUUCUCCGUGAGGGGGAUCCAUCCCAGGGAGCACCCUGGCCCAGAAGCAGGAGACGGAUGGAGAGGACGGCAGUCUCACCUUAGCUACAGUGAUUUAAUUCUUCUCUUUUUGUUUUCUUUUAAAACAGAAAAAAAAAAUCCCUGAGGCAGAAUUGUGCUCAAAUGUAGUGUGUGAUGGGAAAACACAGUGCUAUGAACUUGUGGUCAAUAGGUUAGAAACAGAAAACUCUUGUGACAUCUCUCCGUCCUUUGUAGUCUGUUUAGCUAUUGAAUUUAUUCCCGGUGAAUGGAUGUGUUAUUUUUAUAGGUCAGGGUCUGGUCUCUGAAGCAGAUUUUCUCUUUGUCCCUUCUUCAUUAAGCCAAAAGUUGGAGGGCAGAAGGGCAGAUUUUCUUGGAAAAUAUGAAUGGUCUGUGAUCUCCAUUACCAGUAGCUUUUCCUUAACUUCUUCCUUUUCUCCACCCUUGAGGUUGGUGCCAACUCCCACCCAGGCCCCCCCAGCUGUUCUGAACCGUCUCUCAUUUGGGCCGGCCCACCUCUUGCUGAGGUUACCAUUGGCUUCACUCCUGUGAACCCAGUGCAGGAGCUGGCCCUUAGAGAGAUGUGUCAGGGGCACCCAGGCCUCUGCACUAAAAAGUGCCCCCACAAGUGACCUUCUGUUAUUGUGACAUCUGUACUAAAAAAAAUGUUCUCUGUCCCCUGUGCCUCCCUUGCCAAACCCAGGUAAAGUAACCCUGGAUUCCUCCCCCACCCCUGCCAGGAUGUUUGCCCAACACUCAGAUCUCCCAGGCAUCUCAGCUGUGGGCCAAGCCAGAGAAACCAAAGAGAAGGCCCUGUACCUCUUUGCACAUUUCCCAUCUCUGUGGUGCCCUGAUGCCUCCUGCUUUUCCCUCUCUCCCAGUUCCCUAAGACUCUUCCCUUGUAGCUGUGCAGGCUGAAGCUGCCUCCUAGGCCAGGCCACCCACACCUCCAGGGCAGCCCUGUCUGUGUGACCUGUGGUGGAGUAAUCUCUUCCUCCAACAGCUUGGGGACGUAGCCCAGGCUCCCUUCCCUGUGUAGAUGAUGCUGCUGGGCCCUGGCUGCUGUGUUUGGACCUUGAACCCAAGGCAAGGAAUUGGUCUCUCGCCAGGGUCAGCCCUGACUCCCACAAGCUAGUAUUUGCUGCCCUUGUCUGAGUUUGAGAACCCUAGGCGUGGCUGGUGAAGGAGUCGCAGCCAUUGAAGCUGUCAAUGCAACCUGCUUUUCCAUUGCCUCCCAGUUUGAAAUGGUGUCUUUGGGGCUCCCUCUGCCAGUCUGGAAACUCUGGGAAAUGUCAGCCAUAAGAGAAACAUCUCUCACUGGCAGCAGCCUAAAGGUGCCUCCUGAACUCCCUUAGCCUCAGCCGCCCUCACCCUUGGCCUCUGGCUGGGGGCUUCAGAAGGCCCUGCCCCUCUUCGGGGGGGACGGAUUCUGCUGACCCAAAAGGAGGAGCUGGGCCCUGGCUGAGACCUUUGAACUGUAUAGCAAAGCAAGAAGCAGACACAAGAUUGUCCCCAGGAUCCUAGAGCCCUAAGAAGCUGUACCUUCCUCGUCCCUUGGAAUUGGCAGAAGGAUCUCCUUCAGAUGCACCUUCUUGACCUGCAGAGUAACAUCAGAAAGAUGAGUCUCCCUUCUCUCUGGCUCCACGCUUCUCUCACGCCUACUACAGAGGAUGCCGUGCCAUGGACUAGGCAAGAAUUGUAGAGAGACCUGCCCUUCAACUUCCCACAUGUCACCCCAUAGAAAGUUCUCCACUCCUGGGACCUAAGCAGCCUAGAACUGUUUUUUUCCCCUCAGUAUAGGGGCUGAAUUCAUUCCUGGCCAAUAGCUAGGUGCAGGUCAUUCCCAGGUGAACUUGGACUUUGCCAAGGAGGAAGUUUUCCCAAGAGAAAUAACCCUGGAGGGCUACCAGACUACUCCGAUAACCUUGGUCUCCUGCCCCCAGAGGGGAGGCCAGGAGGAAUCUGCCUCUACUUUACCAGUUUGCAGUGUUCUUCCUACACAGCACACACUUCCCUUAUCUCCCAGAGGGAUCUUUGGAAUGGAGAGGACUGUAUGUUGGGCUAGCCUAGUAGGGAUGGAGCUGAGGAAUGCUAUGAAUCCUUUAGUUUCCAAGAAAAUAGCCUAAUGGAACAUGCCUGAAACCCUUUGUAUUUGAGACAAUCCCCCAUGGAAUUAGCCAAGCGAUUGACACUUCACCUGACAUUGGUUCCUGUAAGAUGGGUCCAAAAACUCUCUGAUGAUUCACAGCCACCAAGAGAGCCCCAGGGUCAUAGGGCAGCUUACCUUUCAAAUGUAAAACUGACCGUGCCUUAGUGUCACCAUGUCCAGAGCACCGACAGGGCAGUCCGUGUGUCCAUGAAAUGGCCCCCAGGCUAGCCCAUAAGCUCACCUAGGGCUCAUCUACAAUAUGUGUAUUUUCAUUGGGUUUGCUUUUUCCUGUAUUCUCUGCCAAGGGGUAGGUGUAGAGGCUGUGAGCAGAGAGCAGCCAUCUUUGUUCCAUUUACUCCAAGGCCUGCUUCAAUGAAAGCUCAGGUUGGCAGCAGAUUGCAUUUGAAUGGAAAUACCAGUGGCUGCAGAGCUCUUCCCAGCUCCAUCUACCACCAGCCAGAGUGACCGUGCAGAUGCUGGCAAUACCUGGGGAGAGCCGUGGGGUGCAGACUAUGCACAAACAUGACUGUCCCCCUUCUGGGAGCCGUGAUGGGCAGAGGGCCGCAACCAGCUUUGUGAAGGGUAAUCUGACCUUACAAAACUUCCAAGCCCCUGAGACAGGUUUCAUUUCUCACCAUUCCUUGUUUCGUUAUUCAUUCAGAAACUGAAGCAUUCAAACCAUAGAAACCGGAUUUGAAUCCUAGGAGGUCUCAAGCCACAGGAAAGAAAGUCAUGUCCUGACCCUGGGUGAUCUCAGUAGCAGUGGUCCAGUCCUCCCUUUGCUCCCUCUCAGAAAGAAGACUGGAAAGCAAAACUUCUUGGCUAAUCCCUAAUGCACUGACAGGAACCAUCCCCUUGAGGAGUGAUUCUACUCAAAACUGGAUUUUUCCCUCUGGACUUUCGAUGCCUCAAAGCAGGAAUAAGCAUUGGAUUUGGAAUAUUUAUGUGACCGAGGGCAUUCGUGGCUGUAGAUUCCUUGACCAUAAUGUUAUAUGUAAUGGGAACUAUCUUAUAAACUUGAAAAAAAAUAAAGUUUUUAUUUUCUAUAA